AUGAACGAGGCAAUCUACUUGGCCGGGCUCUGCCGUUCUUCUCUGAAUAACUUGACCACUUACAUGGUUGAUGUGCUCAAGCCGUCGCAAGGCUACACUGCGGACGAUAUUCUCGACCUUCCACUUGAUAAACAUAGGAUCGAAGACAUCUUAUACGAUCUCCCCAGUCGCAAAUCUACUCGCCACAACCUAGCUGUGGCCAUUGCUUCGCUGCUGCAUCCAGUCCACGAUGGUUCACUUACGGCUAUUAUUCGUUAUGACGCCGAUCGAGUCCGUCUCCGCGCAUGGGCGUCUCUGCAGCGUCGCUACGACUUGCUGCAGGCCACCAAGCGCAACGGUAGAAUGGCUCCGGGAAUGACUGGAGGUGUUGAAGCCGGUGUCCAGGCACCUGCUUGGGCCAGCCGUAUCACCAGACAGGGACGGUGGGAUCAGGCCAAGAAGCCCAUCUCGUUGGAUGGCCCCAAGGCAAUUCCCAUGCCGGUGAGAGUUGCUCAAGAGGCAGAACUAGCGCCCUUCUUCGAGCACUUGUCCAACAGCGGCAGCCACGAAAUUGACGGUGUCGAGGGCGCGGUCGAGCUCCACGACGGCCAUGGAGAGCCGUAUUAUAGCGUUCGCGGCGCAGAGUUCCGCAAAGGAGUUGUGUAUGAGGAUGGCCGGAUGGAUCUCUGCAAAAUGGUCGUCGGCCCUGACCAUAUCGACCGCCUGAUGUACAGUUUGCGGACUAACAAGCACGUCCGACACUUCUUGCUAGGCAAUAAUAUCAUUGGCCCAGCUGGUGUUGAGGCUAUUUCACGAUUCAUCACCGAGUUUCCAGAGCGCAUGGACACUUGGUAUCUUGCUGGCAAUUGCAUCCAGGGAGGAGAGAGCUUCAAGACCCUGGUGAAUGCAUUGGUUAAGUCGCAGGCCGUGUCUAAUAUUUGGCUGAAGCGGAAUCCUCUUGGCCCAGACGCCGCUGAGGAUGUGUAUCGUCUCAUCACUGAGACUAAGAACCUCCAAACGCUGGACCUUGACCAGACCGAGCUUGGAAACCGCGGUGUAGCCGAGUUGUUCACCCGCCUGGCCGCCCAUUCUUCCCCUGAUGGUAGCAAGCUUCCUCUUCGACACAUCUACAUGAACGGCCUCGGCAUCUCGACCGAGGGCGCUGCUGCUGUGGGCAAGUUUCUUGCCUCACCACAUUCUGGCGUGACGUCUAUCUAUAUGUCCUGCAAUCCCCUUGGCGACGAGGGUGCUCAAGCUCUGGCUACCGCACUACCCAAGGCACCGUAUCUGGCUCGACUGUUCGUACAAUCGGUUGGAGUCAGCACCCAAGGUGCCAUGGCGCUGUGUGAAGCCUUGACCGGGCAUCCUAGCAUCAGGUCUCUGGAUAUCGGCCAGGCAUAUGCCACAGAAGAUCUUGGCCAGGCGUAUAAUUAUGUGGAAGACGACGCAAUCCCAGCCAUGACUCAACUCUUCAGGGGCACGCCUCAGCUGCAGUACUUCAACUUGGGACACUGUGCCACCACUCCGCCGGGUCUCCUCAAGUUGACGCCGGCAAUUCUGGAGAAUCCCAGUAUCGUGUAUUUCUUUGCGACAUCGAUCCUUGCCGAUCCAUCUAGGAAAAGCAUAGCUUUUAUACCAUCCAUCGAUACGGCAUUUCCUCACCCGGAUGCUCCCUCUACAGAACAAGUCAAGUCAGACAAAGCCAUAAAAGAGCAUCUCGAAGCUAAUGUGAAAGCAACCUUUGGACAGGACAUGUCAUAUGCGGAUUUCAUGGCUGAAGAGAAACGCUGGCUUGUCAAUGACAAAGUGGUGCGCAAAAUCGACAGCGUGUAUCGCAACCGAGAUGCCGGACUGGCACGACGCCGCCUGCUGACUCUGGUGAAAGACUGGGAAGAGGGCGAUGAUACUUUGCAGAGAGUCAUGAAUGCUCACGGGGCGCCGAGCUGUUCUUUGCGAUGA